GACAGGUGCAGUAGGGUACAUCUAAACCUUCCUCUUGUUCUGAAGAGCAGAAGGUCAACUAUCAUCAAACAUGAUGCAGCAGCAGAGACAAGAGCAAGAACACCAUGCUGAUAAACAGCCUUUCUUCAUGCCUACUACUAGUCAGAGUCAGAACAGACAGGAUAGUUUCUUCAUGAACAUUGAACGAGAUCAGCAAGCAUCUACUUCAUCAGCAGCUUCUCUCUUCACUGACAAUGCUACUACUCAGUCCUUGGCUGGUACUGAAGGGUCAAUGCACUUCACAAAGGGUCAGUCCUUCCAGACACAGCCCCUUCAAGCGUCUGAACAGUUCCUACAAAACACCUCAGAAAUGACCAAAGAGUUCCAGACUUCCCUUGCCCAACACGAGAAUGAAACCCUGGAGAUACAGAAUCAGGACAAGAUGAAUGCCUUGCACUCACGCUUGCAUCAGGAAGCAGACAAGAUACGCCGCUGGAAGGUACAGAUGGAGAUUGAUGUGAGGCAGAAGGAAAGAGGAUUAAGUGAUGCACAACAGACAAUUGAAUCACAAAGAAAAUCACUCCUUGAACUUCAGCUCCAAAAUGAGAACCUAAGUGUGAGGCUACAGGAGGAGAUAGAAAACAGAAUUGACAUCUCCCAGAAAAUCGUAUCAACAAGGGAGAUGUGUAACUUGGUGAAGGGUUACGCCGGCAAGUUAGAAGGCAAGCUGAUGGAGGGUGAACAAGUGAAGGAGGAGCUGCAAGACAAUGCGCAGAAACAACUUGGAGAUAUGAACAUCCUGGAAAUGAAGUUUCAAGAGUUGAGUCUGGCUCAGUGCAACCAAGUCAAUGAGCUGAAAUCAGAAUUGCAAAGACAGAAGAUAAAACUUGCUGAAGCUGAAGAUACAAUGGAAGCCAAGAUAUCUGGAAUAGAGAAAGAGUGUGAAGAAUUACAGAGUGUCUGUGAGAAGAAAGACCAGACUAUCUCUGAUCUCCAAGAUGAUAUCAAGAAGACUUCUAGACAGAUAGCUGUACUCCAACAAGAGAAAGAAUGUCUUCAUGAGUCUCUGAGCCAAGCCAAUGAAGAGGUAGAAGCUAACCAGCAGCUUCUAUCAAAGAUCAAAUCAGAACUCAAGGAAACAACCAAUCACAAGAACAAACUACAAACUCAACAGGCUGAACUGGAAAAGGAGCUUCAGGGGCUCAAGGAAGAUGCUGAGAUAUCCAAGAAACAAAUUGACCAAGAUAAGAACACAGUGGAUAGUCUUGAAGCUGAUAUCAAGUCCAAAGAGGAUGCAGUGGCAGAACUGGAUAAAAAGGUGACUGACCUAACAGAAGAAAAGAAGCAACUUGAAAACAAGAUUGAGGACCAGAACAAGAUACUGCUUAAGAAAGAGGGAGAUAUGACAUCCUUGAAGGCUGAACUGAAGGAAGUAUUGGAGAGGGAGAAGGUAUCUUAUGACAAACUAGACAGCAUGAGGAAAGAUCUACAAUUAGAGAGUUCUGAGAACGCUAAGCUGGUCGAAGUCAUUGAGCAUACCAGAAAAGACAAGCAAACUCUGGAGCAAGAAUUGAUCGUUUAUAAACAAGAAGCUGAAGACCUCAAUGCAAAAAUCAAGAUCCUUGAGGAUGACAUGAAAGUAGAGAAGACCAACGUACAGACUGCCCUGAAUGCCAAGGAUGCCUUAGAGAAAGCUAAAGAUGAUCUUCAGACCCAACAGGAGAAGCAUUCAGAAGAUAUCAACAAGCUUCUAGAGGAAGAAAAGAAGCAGAAACAAGAGCUGAGUGAAGAGCUGGAACAACUGAAGACAGAGAAGUGCAACCUGGAAGAUAAGAACAAAUCACUUCAUGGGCAGACUGGAGGCAAGACUAAGCAGAUCAAAGACUUAAAUCAAGAGAUCAAGACUCUAAAAGGAAAGCUGACCACGAUGACCAAACAGAAAACAUCAAAAGAAGAAGGAAUGGCUGAUCUGGAGAAAGACUUGAAAGCAGCACAAACCGAUAUGGAAGCAUUGAAGAAAGAGAUGGCUGAGCUUACUGAUCAGAAGGAAGAAGCAGAGAAGAAGGAGAAGCUUGCAACGGGAGCCCAGGUAGAACAACAGCAGACAUUUGAACAGGUUAUGGAUACUUACAAGAUUGACUAUGAUAAGAUUGUUGUAGAGAAGUGCAACAUCAUCGAUGAUCUCAAGAAGAAACUAUCAGAGCAAACCACUACCAAGAAAGAUGAGGAGAAGAAGAGGAAGACACUUGAGGAUGAGAUAAGUGACCUGAAAAAGACGAUGGAAGACGUUGACUCUGCCAAAAAGACUUUAGAAGAAGGCAGUGAUAAGAAAGAAAAGAAAAUAACAUUGCUAGAGAAACAGCUCAAGGAGAAGGAUGCGGAAAUAAGCAAGCUCCAAGCUGAUGCAAGCCAGGUUGAAGAGAAAUUGGCUGAAGCUGAGAAAGCAGCUAAAUCUGAGAAGAAACGCCGAAGCCCCAGUCCUAAACCUCAGGAGAAUACUGCAAAGAUUGGGCCCCGCACUCCUCAUACUCCUACCAUCCAUAACAAGCUUCAGGAUAACAGAAAAACACCAAGAACACCUGUUAACAGAUGUCAAACUGCUGAUGAUACUGCCUCUAAGAACAUGAGAACACCCAUGUCCGUCAAAGCAGUGACACCCCGCACCACACCCCAGCGUAGCAUCCUCAAGCAAACCAACUCAGUCCGUCUCAAACGCAACGUGGCCUUCGCUCAGGAGAAUCAGAUGGAGGAGGAGGAUGACGGAGGAUCCGAUUCAUCAACAUCUCAACUUAUGGAGUUUGAGUUGGAGGAAGUUGAGCAGCGACUGAAGCAUACUAACACAGAUCGUCGUGUACCUAGCCGUGCUGUCACACCAAUGCGUAUCAGACCCUCACCUCAAGUCAGUCAGAUGCCUUCUUCACAGGGGCCGGUUCAGAGAUCUCUUACAGUGACCAAUGUCAAGAUGAUGGAUGAAAGCUCAGCACAAAAAGAAAAUCAGCUCUAUAGUGAACUCUAUCCUGAAGUAGAAGCUGAUAAGCUGGACAAGAAACAAAAACAGACAAGCCAGUCAACCAAGAAUGCCAGGAAGACUCCUAAGAGAGCUUAUAAGAUCAAAGGAUGGGGGGAUUCCCCUCGAGGCAGGAAGAAGAAGAAGGAUGCACCUGCUGCCAAGGAAACCAAAGAAAACAAUCUCUCAUGGUUUGAAAAUGAUGCCGUCUAUGGAUUCUUUGAUUAAAUUAACAAUUUUGUCAUCGUUAUGAAUAUCUUGUUUACUAACCUCCUUCAAGAAGUGGCCUUGAAACAUAUUUAUUUUAGAAAUAUAUCUUUAGUUGUGAUAUCUUAAGAUAUUUGUACAUGUACUUGUAUCUGUGACAUGUAAAGCUAUUUAGGAAAAAUGGCAUUGGAAACGUGUGUUUGUCUGUUUAGCUCCAUAUUGAUUGUUUGAAGGUAGUUUGCACAAUUUUUUGCAAGAUUCCAAAUCAUUAAGCCCCUUUGAGACAUGAGGCUGAAAAAUUAUUCACAAUUGAAGUGUGGUGUGGGGGUUAGCUGUUUUAUUGAGAUAGUUAACCUUCUCGUUGGCUUUAACAUUAAUACCAACAACAGUUCUUAGUUUGAAAAUGAUUUAAAUUCAUUAGUUAAAUGACAAUAUAUAUAAGGCUCAGGAGCAGAUUAGGAAAAGCCCUAUAGAAUAUGUCUCUUAUCUUAAAGAUAUUUAAGUUUAAUAUGUUACAUUACUUUGCUUUCAACUAUGAUAGUAUUUUUAUAAUA